GAUGUGGGAAGAUUCCGGAGAGCGCACGUCGGGACUGUGGCCAUGGAGGAAAACGGUGGCUUCCGGAAGGAACUGGUGAGCAGACUACUCCAUUUGCACUUCAGGGAUUGCAAGACUAAAGUCAGCGGGGAUGCCCUGCAGCUCAUGGCGGAGUUCCUGAGGAUCUUCGUACUAGAGGCUGCUGUCCGAGGGGUCUUGCAGGCCCAGGCAGAGGACCUGGAUGUUGUGGAAGUGGAUCAGCUGGAGAAAGUGCUCCCUCAGCUGCUCCUGGACUUCUAGAGUUCCCUCCUGUGGCCCGCAAGGUCUAGUGAAUCCACACCAGUACCAACUCCUGAGCUCUCCAGCUUCAGGAUAGGAAGAUCCCAGCAGCUGUUACCUCAAGAGUUCUUGUGAGACAGGUGCAGGGAAAGGUGAACCAGCCUGCCUCCAGACACAGCCCUCCUCCCGCCCCCAGCCUUGCAUUAUAAAUAAACCAGCUGCUGGCAGUGCCUCCUUCUUGCCACCCUACAUCAAAGCUGCUGUGUAGCCUUUUAACCACCUGACCCCCACCCCCAGGAUGCCUCCCUGAGCUGUAAAUUUGUUCUUACAAAGCAACAUCAAUAAAUCAACACCAUCUCUCUGAG